AUGGAGAAUCGUCCCUACUCACUUCAGUCAAUCAACGAGCAUGAGCCCGGGGUUAUUGCCAAGGCAGACAGAUUUCUCCAACGCAUUGUCAGCCAAUCUGAAGCAUCUAAAACACACACCGUGGAUGUACAAUCCUUGUGCGGGCUUUUUAGCCUCGAGGUAAUAUGCCAGGUUGCAUUCAACCAGGAUAUCGAUGUUGAGUCGCCCGACGCCGGGUUAGCAUUUUUGAACGCGAUGGGCCAGGCUUCGCUAAUACAGCCGUUGUCAAACACGAUUCCAAUCUUAGCAAAAAUAAGGCUCAGUGAGUCUCUACCCGGUGUCAUCGGGCGGGCAUAUGCACAACGUAGGAUCUGGGAAGAAACCACGAGGGAACUCUAUCAAAAUUUUGCAAGGGACUUUAAAGGGGACUCGACAGACAAAUUCCUCGCCGAACCGUUCAUUCACAAGAAAGAUGAAUACCUUGGUCGAAAGUUGACCGAGGACGAAGCCGUUGAAGAAGCGAUGGGCCUCGCGUUUGCUGGAAGUGGAACCACGGCUACAACUAUAUUCUACAUUCUUUACCACCUUGCUCGUCCGGAAAACAGAGGCAUGCAACUAAGACUACGAAAAGAGUUACUCUCGACAGGUACGAAGAACUCUGAACUUACAGAUCUGAAGUAUCUCAAUGCUGUGAUCAAAGAAGCAAUGCGAUUGAACCCUUCUUUGAUCGGCUCUUUACCACGAAUUUUGACCACGGCCGUAGAGACUGGUGAGGGAAAGAGCAAACUCGUCUUUCCGCCGGGAACCUUGAUCUCGAUGCAGAACUACGUUCAUCAUCGGGACGCCAGUGUCUAUGCGGAGCCUCACACUUUCAAUCCUGAUCGUUGGCUAGGCCUAUCGCACUCAAGCGCCAUGGAGAAGGCAUUCACACCGUAUAGCUUAGGCCCGAGGAAUUGCAUAGGGCAAAAUCUGGCCAACUUGGAGAUCCGCCUCGCUGUUAGUCAUUUGUUUCGCCAUUUAGACUUUCGACUAAACUCGGAGAUGACAGAAGCAGACAUGGAAAUGGAAGACCGCUUCGCUGCUUUAAGCCGUGGUGGGAGACUCCUGCUCGAUGUUACACAAUUGUGA